ACUGUUCUCUGCUGUUGGUGAAUGAAAAGUUAAAAUGAGGUUUUGGGAGUGAUUUUCUGCAUGAUCUGAAUGUAAAUCUAAAUCCAAACUUCUGGAGGAUAUGACGAAACUACCUAAUGAUACAAUUAAACAGGAAGUAGAUGAACAAUCGUAGUCGGAUUAAAAUACCAAAGUUGUAAAGCCGCAGGUAAUAAUAAUCAACGUCAACAAUUAGUAUGAAUGUGGAAAAAGUGUUUGCUGACUUGGAGUCCAAUCAAAGUCAAGAGUGUGAGGAGUCCAAACGAAAACUUGUAGAAUUGUUUACUCAGAAUAAAGAGACAUGGCCCGUGCACUACAUGAUGGAGUAUUAUUAUAAAACAGGUUCCCAACGAAUUAUGGAGGUUUUGGUCAAAGUGCAGCCGCCACAUGAUAUAUUUAUUUUUGACAGGGUGUCUGAAUGGCUUAAAUUGCAAACACAUCGUUUACAGGCGCUGAAAUUAUUACUUUUUGUUGUACGCAACAAUCCAACUUGGUUAUUCAAAAUUGAAAAACACCGCCUUAUUAAGGAUAUCUUUAAGCUGUUGAUGACAGAGAAAGACAUCGUGCCACUAAUGAGCGCAUUGCUUUGUAUAAUAACGUUGUUACCUAUUAUACCUAACUUGGUUCCAAACCUCUUCGGUGAGUUGUUUGAAGUGUUUGGACAUUUAGCUUCGUGGAAUUGUCAAAAUCCAAAAUAUCUACCUGAGGACAAGCUCGUUCACCUUCAAUUGGGGCUACAAAUAUUAUUUAAUCGCCUGUACGGAAUGUAUCCUUGUAACUUUAUGGCCUUUUUAAGUGAUUUUGUUAAAAAAGAAAAAGGUGCAAUUUUUCAUCAUACAAUCAAGCCAUUAUUGGAGACCGUGCGCAUGCAUCCUAUGUUAGUUACAGCGACAAUGGAAAGCGAAGUCAAUCAAGUCAAUCGGUUUAAAGAAAAAGAACCUCAUGACGUUGUGGAAGAGUGCGCACGAUUGUCACUACCAAUGUUUCAUCAGGAUUGCCAGUCGAUAGCAUUGUUAAAGAGGCUCCUAGAAUCAAAUAGCGAGGACAGAUUAACUUUGGAGGUGAAAAAAAGUAGUGACAGCAGCUCUGCGUACAAUGUGGAUCAUAUGCGUGGUAGCAAUGGUCCUAUGUGGCAACAUAAUUACGAUUCAAACAGAAGCACGAGUGUUGCUCCAAUUUGGAGCCCUUAUAACGAUAUAACUGCAUCCGGACCAAUGCCAUUAACACCUACGCCUUCUUAUAUGUUACCGCUGCCGUCUGCGAAUGCUGCUGUUUCGAAAAUAACCACCCAAAUUACCGGACUCACAGGYUCAUCACCACCUGAAGCCGCUGUGGAAGCCACACCGGAGACUACACCCAUGAAAGACUUAAAAGAAUUUAAACAGCAUCUGGCAAAUCCCCAUGCAGUGCGUGCCAUUUUUGCUAGUCAACCAUCUUCGCCCUUGCGUAAAGAAAAUCAAAAUCAAUUUAAUUUCCCUGACUUAGCAACCGAUGGCGGUGCCGCUGCAACGGCGACGACGGUAAUUGAGCAGGAGGUUAAUACACGAGUUGUGACCCGCGUAUCCACAACAUACGAUAGAAGAAUACAACAAAUCGUACAAGACCGCAGUCGUUCUCUUAGUCCAUUUCAAACAAUAGAGUCAAUGUUGGCCAAACAACAAAGGCCUUUUCGUUCACCCAACGAAUUAAAUUCUAAAUGUGGAACGCCCGACACGGAUCUGAAUGAUAUGACCAGCAGCAACCAGUUGCGGAUGUCAACUGUUCCGACACCCACCCCCACCCCUUCAUCGACACAAACACCAACUCCAUCGGUAACACCUACACCCAACAUUUUCGCGCAAUCCGGAUCAUUGGUACCAACCCCAAUCUCCACGUAUCCGACUCUGGAGGGUAUUACAAAAAUUUGUAGUGAUUGCAAUGAAACGGAUCGAUCAAUGUGCACCGAAGGUGGACUUCAAAUACCGACAAGUCGAUCUAUGCAACUCUUACUUGCGAAUGGCAUUGAACGUCGUAUCCGCAUGCUUAGCGUUUGUUACAAUGAUAAUAAAUGUACUGAAGAAAAGGAAGUUGAUGUUGCUGAAGUGGGAAGUUUUCGGCGAACAAGAUCGUGCUCUGCUCUAAAUCUGUUAUUACAUCAAACCCCAAAUGAUCUUGAUGCGGAAUUAUCGAUAAACACUUUAAAGUCGGACAAAUCUCAGCACCGUUUGCAGAAAAGCGGUAAAAUGUUAGAUAUACCGACUAAACAAGAGCACAUACUUGACACUGUCGAUAGGGUAAAAAUUCGCAACAACGUUUCGACGCAGACAAUAGAGUUCGUGCCACAAAAUUAUGAAUAUUCUUUGUUUCAAAUGCUAUUAGAAAGCGUUAACCUUCGUAACAAAUAUGAACCUAAUACAUUGAGCCCACAACAGAUACUCGACUUGUAUGUUUCGCGUACAAUUCGAUCAAAAGAUACAACUGACAUGGUAGCUGGAUUAGAUCAGGAACAAUUCCAACUUAUUUGCCUACAGCUGCAAUAUGAACGUCAUCGCCGAGAAAUGCAUGCAGAGAGGAACCGACGUUUAAUGGGACGAAGUCGUGAUAAGCGUAGUGUGGAAAUGGAACGAGAUCGCUUGCGUGAACAGGUGAAGAGUAUCACGGCUAAGAACAGAGAACUGGUGCGCCAAAUUGAAAAGAACACAAAGCAACAUAAUAAUCGUGAACAGUUAUAUGAUGAUGAAUUGACGCAGAUCAAGUUGAAAUACCAAAGGGAAAUAGAGCGAAAUGAGUGCCUUCGACAGGCCAAUGAAAAUUUGCAAACACGUCUGAACGAAGAGCUGGCACACAGAAAAGGUGACACGUACGAACUGGAAUCUUUGCGUGGUCAUAUAUUCAAUUUAACUUCAGAGUUACAACUCGCACAACAGCAAGUUGAAGUAGGUGUUCAAUGUAAGCAGGAAUUGGCGCGAUUAGAAUCAGAAUUCAUAGUUAUGAGUGAGGUGCAAAUAAAAUGCCGCGAUAAACUCUCAGAAAUAGAUAAUUUCAAAGCACGCGACGAAGAAUUCCAUAUGCUUCAAACGAACUACAAUAAAGAGUUGAAAGAUUUGCGUCACAUUUUAGAGGAAAAAAGUUCGCUAUUGGAUAGUGCUAAACAUAAAAUUAACGAGCUACAAGCACAGCUCCAGAGUAGCGAUAAAGUUAUCACAGAUCAAAAGCGAUUGUUAAAAACAGUAAAAGACGAGUACGAGGAAAUGUUUAAGGCGCUCAGCAAAAAAUACGAUGUGCAGAAAAGCAUUAUUAUGCAAAUGGAAGAAAAGAUUAUGAUGUCAGUGUACAAACCACAGGGUGGAGUAUUCCUAACUACUUGCUCUCCAGACACUGAUAAGACMGAUGUAGCUUCGUCUAUGGAUCGAAAUUCACCUUUGUCAACUUCAUUAGCAUCGAGUGAAAGUCUGUCGGCAAGCUUACGUUCAACAGAGCUGCGAAAUUUGCAUCAAUUAGUUGAAACACCAACAAUGGAGGUAAGCGGUGGUGGAAAUGGAAUUUCCGCUAGUGUUAUUAGGGGUAGUGCCAACAUUAUUGAAGGGAAACGUUUACCAGCACCAGAUUUGGCUAGUUCUGCAAUGACGGCCUCGUCGACCGCUGCAGCUAGUGCCAUCAACAUUAUAGCCAGUACAAGUACUGCAGCGGCAGCGGGAGCAGCAGUGUCAUCGACCGCCUCAGCUCAGGCACAAAACUACGAAUCAUUGAGUGGAAAAAGCAGUCAUAUUCAUCCCCAUGUACAUUUGCAACAAUAGCAAAGAUAAAAAAUUAGUAAAGAGAAUAUUAAAUUAUAAUCGCAGUAUUACGGCGAUUCAAAUUAAAACUUUUAUUUAGAUUUUUCUUAUAAAAAUAAAAUUUAUUUACAAAAUUAUGCACAUACGGUAGGUAUUUGAGAAUUGUAAUGCAAGUUCCAAUAUACAAUCUGAAUUAUUAUAUCUUA